UUGAACGAUCUUAACAAGUUGGAUGCAGGCGUCAUAAAGAUGUUGAAGUUGUGGCUCGGGCUCGCUCUAACGGCUGAUUCAUCGGCGUUAUUUAGGGGAAGCAAUAGUUUUGGGAUGAGUCUAAAAAGGCCAUCGGAGCUCUAUAAACACUUAAGAGUUUCCAAGAGAUAUAUCCUGGGGAAAUCCCAUGAUGACGUAGUGACAUCGCUCCCAAAAGAUGAAGAUGCCCCCGAAAUGAUAAAUAUAAGAUCCAUGCAAUGA